CUACUCAAUACUUUGACAAGAUGAAAAUGUUUAUUUUUAGUGUUGUUAUUAGUGAGCUAUAGAGGUGAUUUGGAUAAUCAUCCUCGCGGACAUUAAUUUAAAAAGUCUACAAAGCGAGCCAAAAUUGUUUUUUGUGAAGUAUUGUGCCAGCAGCCUUGACCUUGUAACCAACAAAUUCUAAUUAGUUCCUCUUUGAAUCUGGAUAUACGUCCAUCCAUCCAUCCAUCCAUGCAUCCAUCCAUUUUCUAACGUUUAUCCGGGGUCGAUGUCCCCCGCCUCCCCCGGAACUUGAGCAAAGUUCUGUUGGAGGUGGGAGUCUGACAGAGGAUUAUGCCAGACGUUCCCAGCAGACCCUCACAAUACGUUUUGGCCUGUCACGUCGGACCGGCAUCUUCCCCCAACAUCGGAGCCAACUCACCACCAGGUGGUGAUCAGUGGACAGCUUCGCCCCUCUCUUCACCCGACUGUCCAAGAGAUGCGGCCGCAAGUCCGAUGACACAACCACAAAGUCGAUCAUCGAACUGCGAUCUAGGGUGUCCUGGUGCCAAGUGCACGUGUGGACACCCUUAUGCUUGUACAUGGUGUUCGUUAUGGACAAUCCGUGAUGAGCACAGAAGUCCAAUAACAGAACACCGCUCGGGUUCUGAUCGGGGGGCCGUUCCUGCCAAUCACGCCCUUCCAGGUAUCACUGUCAUUGCCCACGUGAGCAUUGAAGUCCCCCAGCAGAACGAUGGCGUUCCCAGCGGGAGCGCUCUCCAGCACCCCCUCCAAGGACUCCAAAAAGGGUGGGUACUCUGAACUGCUGUUUGGUGCAUAGGCACAAAGAACAGUCAGGACCCGUCCCCCCACCCGAAGGCGGAGGGAGGCUACCCUCUCGUCCACCGGGGUGAACCCCAACAUACAGGCGCCGAGCCGGGGAGCAAUAAGUAUGCCCACACCUGCUCGGCGCCUCUCACCGUGGGCAACUCCAGAGGGGAAGAGAGUCCAACCCCUCUCAAGAGGACUGGUACCAGAGCCCAAGCUGUGUGUGGAGGCGAGUCCGACUAUAUCUAGUCGGAACUUCUCGACCUCACACACCAGCUCGGGCUCCAGAGAGAUGGCAUUCCACGUCCCUAGAGCCAGCUUCUGUAGCCGGGGAUCAGAUCGCCAAUGUCCCUGCCUUCGGCCACCGCCCAGCUCGCACUGCACCCGACCCCUAUGGCCCCUCCCGCAGGUGGUGAGCCCAUGGAAAGAGGGACCCACGUUACCCUUUCAGGCUGUGCCUGACCGGGCCCCAUGGGUACAGGGCCAGCCACCAGGCGCUCGCCUUUGAGCCCCACCUCCAGGCCUGGCUCCAGAGGGGGGCCCCGGUGACCCGCGUCCGGGCAAGGGAAAACCGAGUCCAUAGUUUGUCGUUAUCAUAAGGGGUCUUUGAGCCGUGCUUUGUCUGGUCCCUCACCUCGGACCUGUUUGUCAUGGGUGACCCUGCCAGGGGCAUAAAGCCCCAGACAACUUAGCUCCUAGGAUCAUUGGGACACACAAACCCCUCCACCACGAUAAGGUGACGGCUUCCAGGAGGGGUCUGGAUAUAUGUGCACGAUGAAUGUUGAACAAAAAUGUUUCCACUUUUAAUUUACUGGCGCUCCACUAAAACUGACUGUGAAUAUCGACUUUUCAGCACUACCAGUAGCCACCCGGUGUCCUGGUCUAGUUAAUGCCCUGCUGAUAAAGAGAAAUCCUGCCUUAUCUUCUUUGUCGUCAGCAGCAGACUACACACACAUGUACAUGCACAGUCAAACACGUACACACACUCUCUCUAUGCUGCAAGCUUCAGUGUUGUCUGACUGCUACAUCAGAUACUAUUGACAUCUUUUUCUGUCUUUCUAUUACACACAUACACUUAUACUGUGCAAUAUAAAGUCAGAAGCUAAAACAUUAUGUACAACUGUACAGCAACAAAUGGGAUCCAGUACAAAAAUUGCAUCAAAAUAAUGCUGAGUUUUGGCAAUAUUUGUAUGAUUGUGGUUGCAGUGGUGAAGAACUGCACAGAAUUAUACUAACAGAUGUUUGUAAUGGAUACACAUCUGUUUGUCAAUAACAACAAGGGUUGCAAAAUUCCUGUCACUUUAAUGUUGAAACUUCAGCUAUCCAUUUUCUUGCACUUAUCUGGGGUCAGGUUCCAGGGGCAGCAAUGUAGGUAGAGAAUCCCAGAGUUCUCGGUCCCCAGGUACUUCAUCCAGCUCUUCCACGGGCAUCCCGAGACUUUGCCAGGCCAGCCGACAUACAUAAAUAAUGUCCAGGCUUCACUUGGUUUCAAGGGUUACGUAACCCUUCAUCUUAGCUCUCUACCCCUAAGCCUCACUGAGAAUUAGGACACCCCUUUGUUCUCGUGAAUGCGCAAAAUCGAGGGCACAGUGGUGAAAUGAGGGCUAAAAUACAGAAUUGGGAUUGGCCCCUUGGUUUCAAGGAGUAUGUAGCCUUUCGUCUUAGAAUUGGGACACCACUUUGUUUUCGGGAAUGCACAGACUGAAAGCGAAGGGGUGAACCUGGAGAGGACAUUCCACCCUUUUCCGACUGAGGACCAUGGCCUCAGAUUUGGAGGUGCUUAAUACGACUUACUGCCGGCAAUGCGAAACGGACUCUUGACACCGGUCGUACAGGGACCAAACAGCCCGUAUCAAGGGGGAAAGUUGGCAACUUUACAAGUUGCAUUUAUGCGAUUUAAUGGGAAUAAACCAGAAAUCUACUAAAUUUAAGAGUACUGGAAGUUUUCCACCCCUUUGUAACCCUAAGCAGAACCGAGUAUUAUUUAGUAUUUUUUUGUUUGUUUUUAAACAGCUCUUCUAUUGGAUUGUGCAGGUGUACCCAAGAGUGUAACUGUCGAGGCAGCUUCAUUCAUCCCUUGCAUAUUCAGUCUGCUCCUCAUAAGUGAACAAAUCCAAACUGAUCGCUGUUCAAUUCCCUCCCUUCUCCCUGUCAUUCUGGUCCUCGCCUUUGUCGUUUCUGGAAAAACCUGUGUCUUGUAUCUCGCCUUGUCUUCUUCCUUCACAUGUCCCAUGUGCAAUUUCCCUUAUCUGUUGCAAUCUGCCUAUUUGCUGCUCUCUACCCUCCGUGCAUGUCAAUGUUCUCUCUCACUCCGUCCCUCCCCUCGUUCUAUCUUUCCUCCUCAGCAUGGGCGUUCAGAGUGUUCAUGGGAGGGGAUCAAUCUGUCUAUGGAGGACACCACGUCCAUCCUGCCGCGCCUCAAGAGGAACUCCAACGCCUACGGCAUCGGAGCUCUGGCUAAGUCUUCUCUGUCAGGUGUGUCAGGUGUGAGCCGCACCAUGAAGGAAAGAGUAACCAAGCCCACGGCCAUGGCCCAGGGCCGCGUCGCCCAUAUGAUUGAGUGGCAAAACUGGGGGAUGGCGACGGUAGGCGUAGGGGGCAUCCCCCAGUCCCGCAUCACGACCCAGGAGCGGGAAAAAGAACGGCGGCUGGAGAACGACGCGUACAGCGACCUGAGCGACGGCGAGAAGGAGGCCCGAUUCACCGCAGGCAUCCUGCAGCAGUUCGCCAUCUCCGAGGCUACCCUCCUGGCCUGGUCAUCGAUGGAUGGCGAGAGCCCUCGGUCGGGAUCCAACCAGGGCAGCGUGGCGCAUCUGAGCGAGGUCAACCAGGAGAGCAUUACCAGUCGAGACCAGAUCUUGCAUCACUCCUCAGCCGAGGUAUGGCCUCACACUUACGUCUCCCAGGGACACUACUGCCUCUCCUCCUCGGACGCUUGGGAGCCCAUCAACGACGACCCGUCCGGCGUGGCGUCCACCCCGGCCGGCUCCUACCUCGUGGGGACCGAUGGCUACGACGAGCAGGCAGCUGCUCACUUCUUGUCGCAGCAGCAGCAGCAGCAGCAGCAACAGCAGUUUAACCUCCAGCAACAGAGCCAACUGCAGCAGCUGCAGCAGAUCCAGCAAAUGCAGCACUACCAACAGCAGCAGCUCCUGCAGUAUCAACAGCAACAGUCACUGGAACACAGGCUGCACAGCGCCAACCACUCCUUGCAAGCGACACCCAACAGCACCAUCCACAGCCUGGUCCACCAAGUGCACCCGCCCCUGGUGGAUCUUUGGAACACAGGUCAGAUGGAGGCCUAUCAGGUGGAGGCCGGAGGCUACAUGGGCACGGCGGCCGUGGUGGAACAGGGCCUCUGUGUCCCCACCGGGGAGGAGCUGGUGGGGAACGAACACUCGCCGCUGCUGGAGCAACAGGAGGAAGAGGAGGAUAUCAAAGAUGGAGAGAUGACACUGUGUAUGGAGCCGGAGUCGUCCACGUUGACUCCACCCACGCAUCCCGGGGACGCCUCGUGCGGCAGUAGUCCGGGCCAACUGCCGGCGUCGCCAAUGGGCGAGCAGAGGGCCUGCGACGCCACGCCGGCCGGCCUCGCUCACACGCUACAGGAGGAGGAGGAGGAGGAAGAGGAAGAGGACGCUGGGCAGCAAGAAGAGGGGCCAGUCGCUUCCAUGGCAACCAACUGACUUCCUGGUUGUCAUGUGACUCCUCCAUAAAAACUGACCAGGAGUCAACCGUUAGUAAUACAAUAUCUAUCUAUUAUUCUGUUGCUUUUCAGGUAUCAAAAAAAACAAAAAAACAAAAAAAAAAUUUUCUGGGCAAGAUGGACUCUUUGGAAAUUGAGAAAUAGGACUCAUGCUGAAAAGGAGACCUGAUGGAACAAACUUUGUAAGCCUUACAUCCCAAAGGUAAACACAUGACGAGAGGAUGAGGAGCUACACGGACAUUACCAUCAAGGAUCAGGAGGGAGGGGG